CUGUGUGUAUUUUUUUCUGUUGAUUACCCUGAGAUUCGUUUUCAGUGUUUUCCUGUUUUAUGAUGUAGUUAUUAUUUAGACAUCGGCUAUUUACUUCCACCUUCACGCAUGCUCACUUACUCGGUUCAGUGUAUCAGCAGUAGCGAAAUCAACCGGUCCGACAGCAACAUGGAUCUCCAGUAAGAAGGAGGGGCACUCCGACCAGGGGGGUAAGGUGUACAAGGUGUGUAAGGUGUGAUGGCUCUGUGCUCUGAGGCUUGUGUCUCGGUCUCAGGAGGGGAAACCUAUGGUAAUGAGGCAGGUUCAAGCUGUCUUCAGUUUGGGGUUCGGUCCUAUUUGCACCACUUCUAUGAGGAGUGCUCUUCCUCUAUGCGAGAGAGAGACCCAGAUUCUCAAGGGUUUGUUCAGAGCCAGAGGUCAACCCUAUGGUGGAACUCAGCCAUCUGGAAGGUGUCCUUGGCCUUGGGUCUCCUGAUACUGACUGCAGGAGUUGCCAGCCUAUCAGUUUGUUACACCACUCCUCAUAGAAUUGAGUCAUUUGGAGAGGGAGAAAUGUUCUUUGUAGACACACAAGCCAUCAGCUUCAACAGGGGGCUGCACCUCAGCACUGCGGCUGGGAUCUGGCUCACCUGUUUCGGCUCAGCCCUGGCAGCAAUAGGGGUUGUUGUUUGGACUUUCCCAAGGUCCAAUCUGAAAGAGAGGCUGUUCUACAGACCAGGGGCUGGGGAACAAACAAGAAAGUCUCGGUCAAACUGGUGGGGAUUCAGGGUCCCAAGGGAGGUAGUUACUAAGCCGCCAAGUACAAAAGAGGGGAAAAUACCAGUAACACUGUUGAAAGAGGAAAAUGUGCAGUUCACUUCUUAAGAGUGAUUGCUACCCAGCCAUUUCGUAUGCAGGCUUUUCUUUUUUUUUAAGUCUUUGGACCUUAUAUAAGUGGUUUUCUGAUCAAUUAUUCUUUAAAUGGGUGUUGUUUUGUGAUAGUAUUAUAUUUAGACAAAAGGCUCAGGACUGUCUCGAAGCGGUUGAAUAUUUUCAAAGAUAGAAAAGUUAAUAACUUCGAUGCCUGAAUUUACAUAUUUUUUGACAGUGUGAAAAAUGAAGAGCUGGAGCUGGAGAGUCCAGAGAAGACGUAAUCCUAGUUCACUAUGUUGCACUGUCUACUCUUAUUAUUUAUCUCCUCUGUUGAAGUAACAACUGCUCCACAAAUAAAAUCAAUGGUUUAAAGUGAUUUGCAGGUAGUCAAACCGUGUGAAUUUAUUGUCCCCUCUUCAAUAAUUAUAAUAAUAACAGUAGACAGUACAGUCGAGAGAACAUAGAGAGACUAACAAGUGGAGGGCGAGUUUGUAUCAGUUAGCACUUAGCUCACCAUGGAUAGCAUUUAACAAGCUGUUGGUAUCUUCAGCAUCCAGCUCCUUUUUCUCAGGAAAAAAAAUAAUGUUGGUUCGACGCAACCUGUUCAAGGCAGGAAUGUCAGGUAUUUGGUCUGCCUUACCUUUCUGUAUACAAGGAACAAACACAGAGUAUGUGUGGUGUUGUUCCACCAAUAGGCCGACAGCAGGUGUGACAAGGCUGAAUGUCUGCGUAAAUGGGAACUGUUACAGAAAGGAACAUAUUGGAUGGGGCAUUGCUGUAAGACACUGGACCUGCUCUUUUGUUUCUAGGCGCCUUUGUUGCUCCCCUAAGACUGUAUGAUAUGUUUAUCACACAAAAGGGCAGCAAUAUGAUGGCAUUGUUUGGUUUAUUUGUAUCAAUAUUUUAAAUAGUUGCUGUUCUUUCUUUCAAAAUAAACAAGAUAGUGAUUUAGCAUUAAUCCCACAGAAAAUCCAUUUUGCUUUUCACUCACCAUACACAGAUCACAGGACAUUAAAGGGGUUCUACAAUUGGAAGAAUAAUUAACAUUUCUACAUUUUUACAUCCACUAAAGCAAAGCAUGCUGUGGUGAUCACAUGUUCAGACACAUACAAAUGCACUCGUACCCACACCCACACGCCUACAUACAUGCUCGUGCUCCAUUCACAACAUCACCUAUUUUUUCCCCACUAUAAUCUGGCUCCAUAAUUGCCUACAAUCUGUGUAUCCAGGCAACAGUUUGGUUUCAAGUGCUCUAUUUUCAACUCCGAACAAAGACUAUUUUCUGAUUGGCCCAGCAUUUCCACUCCCUUGAUUUUCACACCAAUCAUGUUUUUGUUUGCAGGUACAGUAGUUGCAAGUGACUGAUGAAGCAUUGUGGUGAGAAUAAUUUGCACAGGCCAAUUGCUUGAUCAGGUCAUCCAAUUCAUUCAAAUUAACUGGAAGAGGAAAAAUGAUGUAGAAACUGAAUAACUAAAAAGUCAAUACAUGCCAUAAAAAAAAUCGGAGGAGUUGGUGUGGCAGAAAAAAGGACAGCAACUUAAAUGCUAAAGUUAUACAAUGUAAUUGUUUUUUUUUUUUUUAAAUGAAAUAAGAAAAAAAUAAUAAUAAUAAGCAUUCACAUAAUGUAAAACUAUGGAUAUUGUAGGAAUAUCAGUUAGCAAGAUAAUUUAAAUGUAUGUAUAAAAUGUUUUUUGUGGUGAUGUGUUUUUUUUUGUCAUAGAGAUAUUAACAGAACAGAAAAUACAUACAAAAGAUUGAUGCCAGGUAUAUAAGGUACACAGUAUAACUAUUAAGUAUCAAAUUCAUUGAAGCCUGGUGAAAUUUCUUAAAAAUAUGGUUCGUUGUAAUAUCUUUCUCCUAUUUUUAUUUUAAAUUUUUUCUCAUAGCAUUGUGGUUCAAUUCUAGUAAAAAAUGUUCAAAGUGCAGUUUGGAGUCUGUCUAUAGCAUGUCAAAUUUCCCCAUACUCAGAGUCAGCUGUAUAAAACGUAUAUUUUGUCCUUCACAAUGUCUUCGAAAUAAAUGAAAAUGUAUUUUUUUCUGGAAAUUGA